GGUCAAUAAUAUUUUAACCGAUUGCAAUUGCAAUUCUUUUUCCAGGGAGCCAGGCGGAGCAUCAACAAUCGUUGAGCGCCAACAACGAAGUGGCGAAGAGAUCCGCCGGAGAGGAUAAAAGCGAAGAUGUCAUCGAAGGCCCCAUCAGAUCACGUGGAUGAAACGAAGAACAGGCGGUUGUUAACCGUGGGCAAGAGCACCCACUCGGUCGACAAACGAUUCGUCGUGAUUCACUCGAGUACCGAUUGGUUGCUGCAGAUACGAGCGGUCACCGUUCAGGAUGAGGGCAUAUACGAGUGCCAGAUUACGUCGCAUCCGGUGCAACGGAAUUUCGUGCGCUUGAAGAUCACGGAAGCGUACUCGAUCAUACCAGGCGCCCCCGAUUUACACGUGAAGCAAGGCUCGAGCCUUCGACUGGAGUGUCAACUGAAGGCCGCGGCGGAAUCGCCCCUCUACGUGUUCUGGUAUCGCCAGGGGCACAUGAUCAACUACGACGAGGAGCUAGGCGUGAAAGUCGAGCUGACCAAGAACGGAUCGAUCCUGAUGGUCGACAAAACGAAACCCUCGCAUGGCGGCAAUUACACUUGCGUACCGAGCAACGCCAAGCCUGCAUACAUGAUGGUUCACGUGAUCGAAGAGGAGGAGAAACCGGCGGCGAUGCACGGCGGAGACAGGAGGAAUCUUGGCCCGGCAAUUUUGGCGAGCAAGUUUCUGGUGUCCCUCCUGGCGACCGUCAGCUGGAGGAUACCGAGUUUCACCAGCCUUUACCCGACAUGAAUCGCCCUCCGACUCACGGGGCGGUGUGUUAGUCGUGCCGCCCCGCACCACCGCAAACCCGGUCCAUCUUCUUCCGCAAGGAUGAGUCGAACGAUCGGUCGGUCAUUCGGGACUCGUCUUUUCACCUCUAACUCCCACCAUCGAUCCCACGAGGACGAUAUCCUUUUUUUCGGAAUGCCGCCGCCAAACACGUUGGAACGUGUCUUCGUCGUCGCGUGUAUUAGUUCGCGUAUGAACACGGAACGAAGGGAGGAU